CCAUCUUCAAAUAAAGUUCAACUUCCAAUAGCUGUGAAAAAGAGAAAUGUUAAUUAUUCGCAUUUUGAGCAUUUUGAUAUUUUUCGAGCCGGCACCGCUUUUCCUCACUGACCACCUCCCGGUUUCCAUGUCAACGCAGUGUACGUCACGGAGUAUUGAAUUUCCCUCUUUCAUCUGUCUUUUGCUCUCUGUCUUUCCUGCUCUCCCUUAAACACGCACGCACACACAUACACUACAAAAUGGCAUACAUAUUUGGAUUUGGAGACGGUAUUCUGAUUAGUUUUGGGAUUAUCCUUGUUUCAAUAGUGCUUUGUAUUCUGAAUGGACGUUCAAAGGGAUUAUCCUCCGUAAUAACCUAUGUCAUAAUAGCAGCCCUCUUCCUUGCAACAUUAUUCCUUUGGCCAAUCAAAAGUGCUGACGAGCCGACCCCAAUCGAACAACAAAAAACCGACAUAGUCCUCAUUCCACGAGUAGUUUAUCUAAUUUUUCUUCCGUUUUUCAUGAUCUACCUUAUUAAUUUGUUUGUUAGACAUAAUUUAUUCAAUGUUGUGAGAACGAAAUCAACGGUUAACAGACAUGGGAAACCAUGGCUCGCUGAGGCAAAAGUGAAGAAUUCUUGAUAAAUGUGUGUUUUUAUGUGUCAACUACAACCAUUAAUCUAGAUUUGCCCGGAAAUUGGUUCUGUUUGAUCAGGAAGAUUUUGAUAAUUGCACAUUUUGCCAGAACACUCUAGUAUUUUUGUAUUGGUUUUCUGCAAGUUUCGACUAACUUAAAAAAUGACUGUUUUACUAAAUACACGUAAACAUUUUUUCAGUUACCCAUUUUUGAUUCAACCCAAAAAUCACGGUACUUUUCCAAUUUCAGCCCCACCCGCCAAAAUGUUUUCGAUAUUUUCAUUACUGAAACGUGAACUUUUUUGCGAAUUCAGGCUUAGUAUUGUUGUUUUAGAAAUCGAAAAAGUGCCAAAAUCACUUUAGUACAGGCUGUGUCCCAAAAGCUAUUCCAGUUAUAUUAUUUAUUUGUCUGUUCACAAAAUAAUAACACUUAUAAUUAGAACGUGACCUUUUGAAUUCAUUUUUUAGGUUUUUUGACAAUUUCCGUUG